AUGCCGUCCCAAGCAGGAUCGUCCAAGGAGGCUCUGUCCAAGGCUGCCCCGCGAGGGCGAGGCAAGAAGAAGGGUAACCAGCUGCAAAUACCAUGGGUUUAUGAUUUGGUCCUGUGGGCACUGUCCAUCCUGAUAGAUCUCUUCUUUCGAGAGGUCCAUCCCAGAGGAGCCUGGAAGGUCCCCAAAACAGGUCCGGUCAUCCUUGUGGCUGCACCGCACGCCAAUCAGUUUGUCGAUUCCCUGAUUCUGAUGAGGAUUCUCAAGCAGGAGGCCAAGAGAAGGAUUUCAUAUCUGAUUGCUGAGAAGUCGACCAAACGCAAGUUCAUUGGGACUCUGUCAACAGCGAUAGGGGCGAUCCCGGUGGGCCGAGCCCUGGACCAAGUCAAGCCGGCAAAGGGCAAAAUAUUUCUUCCAGACCAGGAUAAUGACCCUACCCUGAUUCAAGGCGUCGGCACCGACUUCACGAAUGGCGAAUUCGAGGUUGGCGGAUUGAUUGUCCUCCCCAAAGUGAGAGGCCAGACUCCCAGCACGGAAAUCGCCGAGAUUAUCUCCCCUACACAAAUUCGCCUCAAAAAGCCCUUUAAGUCACCAGAGGCAUUGGAGUCGUUGACCGGCAAUGGCACCGUUGGCGGCGAUACAAACGAACAAGAGAUUGAAUCCCGGGGCUGCUCAUUCAAAGUUGCGCCGUAUGUGGACCAGACCAAAGUCUACAAUGCAGUCUUUGACGAGCUCGACGCGGGUGGCUGUAUUGGUAUCUUCCCAGAAGGUGGGAGCCAUGACCGACCCGAUCUCCUCCCCCUGAAAGCAGGCGUGGCCAUUAUGGCCCUAGGUGCUGAAGCCCGGCAUCCCGGAUGUGGUGUCAAGAUUAUCCCGAUUGGCAUGAACUAUUUCCACGCGCACAAAUUUCGAUCGAGGGCCGUCAUCGAGUUUGGCCACCCCAUCGAAGUUCAUCCUGACCAAGUUGAAGCGUACAAAGCGGGCGACCGGAGAAACGCGGUCGGUUCUCUCCUCGAAACAGUCUUCCAGGGCUUGGUGGCUGUGACCCAAUCAAGUCCAGACUACGACACCUUGAUGUUGGUGCAAGCGGCCCGCCGACUAUACAACCCGUUGGGGAAGAAAUUGCCUCUGCCGCUGGUGGUGGAGUUGAACCGACGUUUGGUCAAAGGAUACACCACCUACAAGGAUGACCCACGCGUUGUCGAACUCAAGAAAGAUGUCCUCGCGUACAAUCGCCAACUUCGGGCACUUGGUGUCCGGGACCAUCAGGUGGAAUGGGGCAACCCUACCAAACAUCCCUGGUGGCGCAUUCUUGGGACGCUGAUCUAUCGACUGGGAGAGCUCUUCUUCCUGGGCAUUGGCACUCUUCCCGGGCUGGCCAUGUUUUGGCCUGUCUUUGUUACCACCAAAGUCAUAUCGUAUAAGAAGUCUAAGGAAGCUCUUGCGGCAUCGACGGUGAAAUUACAGGGUCGAGACGUCAUCACUACUUGGAAACUGCUCGUGGCAAUGGCGUUUGCUCCAGCGCUCUACAUCUAUUAUACCGUCAUUGUUUCCGUAUGGUUGGUUUACAACCGAAGAGACGGAUACUAUACCCACAAGGUCCCGUGGUGGAUGGUGGCCCGGACCUAUGUGCCCGACUUUGUCCCGAUCUCGCUUUUUGCCAUUCUCUUCUUUAUCUUGUGUAUCCUCAUCACGUUUGCCGCUCUGAGGAUUGGGGAAAUAGGCAUGGAUGUGGCGAAGUCGUUGCCGCCUCUGUUUGUUGCACUCAAUCCGCGCUCCUCCAGCCGAUUCGCGAAGCUCCAACAGCGCCGCCAGGCCUUGUCCGAAAAGGUGACGAAGGUGAUCAAUGAGUUGGGACCCGAGGUCUUCCCCGACUUUGACGCGAAGCGGAUUGUGCCCGAUGCGUAUAGGGAAGGGGCGUACCAAUCCAAAUACAAGAAAAUGCCAGAGGAGCCCAGAAUCGACUCAACCGAGCCCACGACGCCCACCUCUGGCGCCUUCGAGGAGCGGACCGCCGAGUCACCUGGUUCGAAAUCCAUGUUACCAUUCGGGUUUCUGCCCUCGAACGAAGCCUUCCACAAUAUUGGAGGAUUUGGCUUCUUUGCGUCGCGGCCUACGACACCGAAGAGUCGCAGCAGAAGCAGUUCGGCAGGUGGAGCACUUGCCUCGGCCGGCAGCUUGAAAUUCACCACGCUGGAUUCUGAUGAAGUUAGCAAGCGAAUCCGUGGGGCCAUGCGGGAGAGAGGACGCAAGCGUGAGAGCGAAGGAGCAGAGACCGGGACAGAAAGUAGUUGGGACAUGGCUGAUGAUGAACGAAUGACUCCAACGACCGAGGACGAGGAACCCAAGAAGGACCGGUGA